UCGUUUACGAUCAGUCAAGACAAGACGGAUUAGUGUUCUUUCUUUGCCUGUGCGCGAACGACGAUCUGAACCAAACAAUAAUCUAUUUUUAGGUAAAUUUGUGUACCGUUUGGCUAAGUUCUAAAAAUAGUUAACAUUUUCCAUGGACCGGCAUUUAAAGCAUUCAAUUCUCACCUAUAUUUUACUGUCUGAUUAAUUGCUCAGACACCACAGCCAGACACUUUCGGCGCCUCGCUCACUAGAGCAGAUCGAUCAUUCAGCUGCCGGUCGUUCACCAGGUUAGUCGGUUGCGCGAGAGGAAACCCCAAAGCAUCUAUCUAGGUACCUACCUUUCACUGCUAGGAAGGUAGUUUUGCGCUUCAACUGUGAGUUAUUGAAAAGGAUGAAGAAACUUUUCCACAAAAAGGGAAGCCUGAUUCUAAAGGAGAAACCGUUCGCUUGUGUGCUGCAAUCACGCUAUCGCGCAGAACGUUGCGACAAGUGUUUCAAACCGGGAAAAGUGCUGAAAUGCUCCAACUGUCUGUACGUGCGCUACUGUAAUCGUUUCUGCCAAAAGGAAGCAUGGCCCGACCACCAGGACGAAUGCGCAAAGCUGAAAGCCAUCGGAACCACUCGCACGGUACCGGAUGCGGCUCUGAUGAUGGCUCGCAUAAUACGCAAGCUGCAGAAGGGUGGCGACUUCCAGAAGGGUUACUACACGGCCAAGUACUACCGGCGCUUCUAUGAUCUGAUGACGCAUGAGGAUGAUAUCAAGAAGGAUCCGCAACGCAUGGAACACUUCCAAUCGUUACUUGUGGUGUUACAAUCUCUUGUGGAAGAAGCAGCCAUGCCAAGCAAUGUCGAGCUGUUGCAGAUAUACGGAAAGAUGUGCAUCAACAGCUUCAACAUCUUGGACGACGAGAUGAACAGCAUCGGCACCGGAAUGUAUAUUGGGACGUCCAUCAUCGAUCACAGCUGCCGCCCGAACGCGCUGGCCACCUUCGAUGGGAGCACCAUCCACGUACGUCUGCUCGAGGACUACCAUGGCAGUGAGGUGGAUUUUUCGAAAAUUUUCAUUUCCUACAUCGACCUGAUGAAUACGACGGAGGAGCGGAAGACUCGCCUUCGCACGCAGUACUACUUCGAGUGCAACUGCGAACGGUGCCGAGACGAACAGGAGCUGUGGCUGAUGAAUGCCGGAGCCUGUCCGAACGUGGACUGCGACGAACCGAUACCGAUGCUGGAUCGGAAGGUGGAUAAAUGUCCCCGCUGUGACACUGCCAUCAAACAUUCCGCGAGGGAAGAGUACCGAGAGGUUACGGACUUUACUUUGGCUCAGCUGGCCAAGAUGAAGGAUAUUACUUACAUGGACAUAUGCCAGCUCUGUUUGAAGAAACACGAAAACAUUCUACACUACUACAACGUAUGGUACCUAAAGGUGUUGGAUCUGGCUUUCGAAAGUGCGAUCAACAUGCAGAAGUGGGAAGACGCCAUCGGGUAUGGCCUUCGGCUGAAAGACGGUUUCAGGAAGUACAACGGUUCGUUCCAUCCGCUGUACGGACUGCUUUUGCUAAAGAUUGGUAAAAUUCAACUGCUCACGAAGCACAUUGUGGAAGCGCUGCAAAAUAUUAACGACAGCGAGAAGAUUUUGCGGGUGACGCAUGGCGAAGAGCAUGAUCUGUACAAGAGUCAGUUAAUCCCGCUUCUAUGCCAAGCGGCGGGCGAGUAUGAUAUGUUGAAUAAGUGAAGAAUGUUGCUUGGAAAGAAAUAAAAAAUGUUGAUUUUUACGAA